AUGAUGGAAAUAGAAAAUCCAGUAGGAAAUAUGGACAACGAACAAUAUCGUCAAAUGAAUGGCAAUGAGAAAUCGGAAUAUCUGAAUGAUGACGGUAAAGUUAGUAAUGAUGAAAGGAAAAUGGCAUAUGAUGGUAAAAAAUAUAACAAAGGAGAAAGAGAUGAUACGGUCGAAAGUGUGAAGUCAGAAAAAUCAGAUGUUUCUGCUAAAAAAGAAAGCGGACAAACUCAUGUAAAAAAAGAACGUGCGUCAAGGUCUCAUUCUACUUCAUCAAGGCGUCGUCGUCGUCAUCGCCGCCGGCAUUCUUCUAGCUCAAGCGCGCAUACCGUUUCUACGAAAUCGCGCUCGCGAAGCCGCUCGAGAUCACGUACUAAGUCACACUCACGUUCUCGAUCACCACGACGAGCUAGCUCACGUUCGCGUUCACGCUCGCGUCGUAAAUCAUCUAAGAAAAAGGCUCGUCGAACCUCGCGCUCCUAUAGUCGUAGUCAUAGCCCGACGCAUCGUCGCAAGGCAUCACGGAGUCACAGCCCAAGACGUCGUCCCACGCGUAGUUCGUCAUCUUCAAGUCGGGACACUUAUGGUUCUUUCAAAGCUAUGAGCCCAGCUCGUCCGGUUUACGAGUAUCCGUGCCGCAAAUGUGAUCGUGAUUUUGAAACCAUUCGAGAACUGUGCGAGCAUGAAAUUCGUGCUCAUGGUGCAUGCUUUCCAUGUCCUCAUUGCGAGAAGCAAGCAUCAAGUGUGCAAAAACUUUGCGAACACAUGAAACGACGCCAUUCCGACUAUCGUUUGCUGUGUGAUUUUUGCAAAGAUGAUUUUGGUGGGAAAAUUAGUGGUGCAAAAGAUUCAAAUUGGGAAGAAUUUCGCGAUCAUAUUUAUAAGGAAUGUUUAAAAGAGAAAAUCUAUCUCGCUGAUCGACAACGAGGUCGUUCAGCUGGUGUUGCUCAGCGUGGCCGAGGUCGCUGUCCACAUGGACCGCCAGUGAAAUGCAAGAAUUUUCCGAACUGUCCAGGAGAGAAAUGCUACUAUUUCCAUGGUUACUGUCGUUAUGACAAAUUAUGUGUCAAAAAGGAAUGUCCAUUUGACCAUACGGAUCGUCCUCGUAUUUGCCUGUCAUGCCUUAGAGACUACAAGAGUAAGAGGAAAAAAAAAAGGUUUAAGAUGAUAAUUUGA